AUGAUCGAUCCAUCAUAWUACAUAUUCAUAUACAAUCACAAACAUACACAUAUACAAUCACAGCAGCAUCAUCAGGCAGCAUUAACCAUCACACGCACACACUCACCCAUCAAUCAUCGGCCAACCCUCACAUCAUUGAGGACCUACUUGUACAUCAGCAAUCCAGCAACAAUGUUAUUUAUUGGACAUAUUGAAUCGACACCGCCUCACCUCCCUCCCUCCCUCCCUCCUUCCCUCCAUCCAUCCACUCCCUCAGUUUUUCUCGUCUUCCUUCACAACCAACUCCAUCGCCAAAGAGGCUGUCUGGAUGUAUCGAAUGACAUGACACGCCCUCUUUUAAACAGUGCAUGCACUUCACUUGUAGAAGUAUGCCCCGGUCUAACG